GUGUGUGUGUGUGUGUGUGUGUGUAUGUGUGUGUGUUUUACCGCAGCGAGCAGUAGAGAAGAGAACAAGCAGCAGGAGGACAGGAGAGGAAGAGAAUAAACGAAAAAUUUUAGAGGAAUAAAAGAAAAAGAGGGAAUAAAAGGAUAAAACGAUUAUUAAUAUUGGAAUUUCAGCUAUUCAUCAUCAUCAUCCUCACUCUCACGCUCAAUCCUCCUUAAUUUGUCCUCCACCACUCUAUCUGCCUGUCUCUCUAUCUGCCUGUUUCUCUAUCUGUCUCUGGUAUGGAGGGAAGCCCUCGGAAAAUCCAGUUCACGGUUCCACUGCUGGACUCUCACCUGGACCCUGAAGCUGCUGAACAGAUUAGGAGGAGACGUCCGACUCCUGCCACGCUAGUUGCGUCCAGUGAUCAGUCGUCUCCAGAAAUAGAUGAAGAUCGUCUCCCACACCAGCUGUAUAAGCAGGCCUUGCUGAAUUCACCACGGCAGAGACGGAGAGGUGUGAAGGGAACUCCAACCAUGAAGGAGCUGCAGUUCCUGGUAGAACAUCAUAUGUGUCAGCAGCGCUUGGCAGCAGACGAGUCGUCAGAGAGCUGUGUAUCGGAUGUGGGCGGAGACGAGGACGCAGCAGAGCAUGAUGGGAGUUUGAACUCCACAGACACAGCGCAGGAGUUUGAGACGCUGUGCUGUCAAAUGGAGGCGUUUUCCAGAGAAAGUUUAUCGGAUGCUGCAGAAAUUGAAGCCUGUUAUUCUCAGGACAAAUCUGAUGCUCAGACAUCAACACAGCACACAGACACAGAUCCGUCCUUGUCUUUGUGUACAGCAGAAACAGAUCAGAAGACGGAAAUAAAACAAUGAUGAUGAUGAAGAUGAAGGAUAAACAGACAGAGUCAUAAUACAGACAAUCUGCACAAUUUAUUUUAUUUUAUAAAUAUUAAUUCUAAUUAAACAAACACAAUAGGGGGGUUAAAAACAAGGUGUCACCUGUAGCUUUAAUUACUUCAUGAAUAUCAGCCACGCCCUCACCAAACUUAUUAAUAACUUCAUAAUCAUCACAUUUCCUCUGCGCUCUGUGUGUGUGUGUGUGUGUGUGAGAUACAACAGAGCGUGUGUUUGUCUGAAACUGAAACACAUGCCUUAAUAAAAUAAUAAAGAAGUUGAAAGAAGAAGCCCAUUACUGGAAAAGCUACAUUAUUUUGAAAAAAAAAAAGCCCAGCUCCUGCUACACUACUAAAAUAAGUAGUUAAGCUAGUAGUGUCGCUAAUUACAGUUAUCUCCUCGCCGACACUGUGCGUGGCAAUAAAACUCAAAACAUGCUGAGAGUUAGCCGUGUGACUUCAUCAUUAACGGCUUCAUACAUAGUUAUUUUUAUUUUAUUAAUGAACCGUGACAUCCUGGUUGACACGUAACCCAGUUUGUGAGUGUGUGUGUGUGUGUGUCCCACCUGGUUCUCUGGGAAAAGUGAAAACUGAUAUGCUGAAAUGACAUAUGUAUCACUAAUAUUGUUAUAUUGUUGUUGUUAAUUAUGCUAUUUUCAUUAUAUUUCACUACACUACUGUACUUUUAUUAUACAUUCUCUCCAUUAUGAUCUUACUGUAUUUAUUCUACAUUAUACUAUUACAUUUUGCUACACUACACUAUUACUGUAACUAUACUACAGUAAAAGUCUUGCGUGUCCCCAACAGUGUAACCGCUGUGUCUCUCACUGUGGAGUUUUUCUCUGUCCGUCACCCUCAGCAUGUGUGUGUGUGUGUGUGUGUGUGCGAGCCACUGGGUCCGUCAGAGAGAACCAGUUCUAUUAGUUCUAACCAGGUCUAUUCUGCUUUAUGUUUCUGUAAUUACAUAAACACCAUUAAUAUUGUAUAUGUGCCAUGCAUCCACAGAUAGGGGGCGCACCCUUAUUAAAGUACUUUUACAGCAACCGCAAGUAUGUAAGAUGGGCAUGCGUCACCCCGGGAACCAUCAAAGGACUUCACCAGUCUUUGUCUGGUCUCUUUCGGUUCAAAGAGCAACUGGGAUGGAGAAAAAGAGAGAAGCUCUCGCUCUCUCUCUCCCUCUCUCUCUCUCUCUCUCUCUCUCAGGCUGAUGGCCAUGCAUGGUGUAGCUGCAAAGAGGAGGCCUACAUUCGUCUCAUCCGAGAUCAUAAUGAGAGAAAUGCUCACCUCUCCCAAUGGCGUAAAAUUCACCAAUUGCUACUCAGUAGCAUCAAGCAUGUUUUUGUCUUUUUUUUUCCUGUGGCAGUUUAUUUUUAAUUUUAAUGGUAAACAAAACAGUUGCUUUCAACUUCGUCGGACAGUCAGACCUCCGCGAGACCGAACCUCAUCAGGAAGUCAAUCCGCAGACGGAUCAACCUGCAAAAUGCACCUGAAGACAAACUAAAACAUGCUGUGUCACCAUUCUAGAUACUGAUUGAACAGUGAAGAUACUGUUCACUGUUGUUUCUCUCUGACUUUUACUGUGUUGAGUAAUUUGAAAACUAUUUGUUAAAAUCAAACACACACAUACAUCACACACAAUAUCACAAUCUCUCUCUUUCUCUUUCACACACACACACACACACCUCUCUCUCUUACAAACACACACACACACACACACACACAGUUUAGUUAUUUAUUCAGUAUGUAAUUAUUUAACCUUGGUGGAGAUGCACUGCUCUAUACUGAUUGUACACAUCCAGUGAGUUCACCAUUUUGAUCCUGUUAAUAAAUGUUAAUAAAUGUUUAAUGUUUUAUUAUUUA